GAUUCACAAAAUCCGUGAUUCCAGUGUAGAGGACCCCGCUUUCGUACACUACACUGCGCAAGCGCCAUCAGAUCUUCUGGUUAGAGUAUCCAUUUUGAUCACAUACAAUCGGUAAAACCCAACGAUGGCAGAUAUCGAGGAUACUCACUUCGAGACCGGUGAUUCCGGUGCAUCAGUGACCUAUCCCAUGCAGUGCUCAGCCCUGCGUAAAAAUGGAUUUGUCAUGCUGAAAUCACGACCAUGCAAAAUUGUUGAAAUGUCAACAUCAAAAACUGGUAAACACGGUCAUGCCAAGGUACAUCUCGUUGGUAUUGAUAUCUUUACAUCGAAGAAGUACGAAGAUAUCUGUCCCUCCACACACAACAUGGAUGUACCCUUCGUUAAACGAGAAGACUAUCAGCUGACAGACAUAUCUGACGACGGUUACUUGUGCCUGAUGGCCGACAAUGGUGACCUCCGUGAGGAUCUCAAGGUCCCUGAUGGUGAAUUAGGUGCUCAGCUUCGCGCCGACUAUGAGGCUGGAAAAGACAUACUCUGCACUGUUCUAAAAGCCUGUAACGAAGAAGUGGUGAUUGCCAUCAAAACCAACACUGCCCUCGACAAAUAAUUGUGUUCAGUUAAAACCGUACACAACCUCACCCGCUUAGCCAAUCGACACCUCAAUCAUUGGUAAACUGAAAAAAAGCAGUAAUAAUAACGAAGGAAAUAAAAAUAAAGAAAACAAAUUUGAUUAACGAACCAAUAGUUCCAACCAACAUCAAAUCUCAGCAGUGGUUAAAAGAAGAAUAAAACAACUUUUAAUUAAAGUAUAAAAAAAACACCUGAAUCAUUUACCAAAAAACAACAACAUACGCUAAUUGGGUAAUAAUUAAUAUCCGAAUGAACAUGUGCUUAACAAAGUUUCUAAGCAGUGUAAGUAAUAAGUUGGCUGGAUCGACAUUUACGAUGGACAGUCUGAACUAGGAGAGUGCGAAACGCAGAAACACAUACACAUAUACACACACAUGUUGUUUGUUAUAUAAGAGAAUAGGGCGACAGAAACAAUUUUUUCAUCAAAAAAAGGGUUGAUUGAAAAUAAAACAUGGACAAGCCUUCAAAAAACAAUUCUCAAUUUUUUUUUUUUUACAUUUUUGUUCUUCAUUGAUUUUGUUUCUUUUUUUUCUUAACUGAGAGCAGUCUAUUGUAGCCACAAUAGCUGUACAGUGAUUUAUUAUAAAAUGUAAUGGAGGGAAAGAUCACAGAAUUGCUCCUGCUAAUGUUUUUUUCAUGAGGAGGAGCAGGGCAUUUUUUCAUGGAACAUGAAAUUCUGCCAGAUCGUAUACGUGCAUUUCAUCUGAAAGCUGACUAGAAUGACAGAAAGAAAUGAAUAUUAUCCGGAUAAUUGAUAGUUAUAAUUUUUUAUUUUAUAUUUAGUUGGGAAUGCUAAGUACCUAUUUUACCCCAAAAAAUUUUUUCCUCUUUGUACUUUUUAUUACUCUUAAUUAAUUCACUUUUCCGUUGGCUAUUUCUCAGCCCCUUGGCCUAUAAUUACAUUUAAUGACUCUUGAAUUUGAAUGAUCAAAGCUUAUUCGGGGGUGAAUGAAACUAGGCUGUCAGGAAUUCGAUGAGAAACACUUCUCUUUACUAAUUAUUUAACAUCCACUUGAUUAAUUACGAAUACGAUGAACAUCAAUGAACAUUUACACACGUGUCACAUUGCCUUCUCUCUCAAAUCAAGUGAAACUAAUGAACGGAUUUUGAAUAAAACAAAAUAGAGAUACCUGAACUCAAAUGGGGUAGAGGGGGACAUAAGACUGGGUAUUAAAGGCUGGCACAGGUCUCUUUCCAAAAUUUGGGAAUGGAAAAAAAAAUUUUCAAAAUACUUUUAAUACAAAACUUUUCUCAUGUUACCUCACGUUCUUUUUCUUUUUUUAUUCUUCAGCGAUUGCAAGUGGAAGUGUAGAUGAACUUGGGAAGAGGACCAAGUGAAAAAUGAAAAUUAAAAUGAACAAUAAAUGAUAAAAUGAAUACCUGCAAUAUGCAUUACGAAUCAUUAGAUUUAUCUUAUCAUUAUUUUCAUUUUCCUCGAUCAAUAUCCUCAGUUUAAUUUGUCAAUCAUAUUCAGAGUUCAAAAUCACGCAGCCUGAAAUAUUGAAAAAAAUUAUAUAGAUAAAUACAAGAAAAAUACGAAAAAAAAUGAAAUGAAAAUACAAGAUAUAUAUGUAUGCGUGAAUAUAAUUAGAACUGUCACAGAAAGGUACUACGAAAAUUUUGAAAAAUACGAAGAAAAAAAUGAAAUAAAACGCUUUCUAAGAAUA